AGUGUGUUGGUCACUGAGGGAGGCGGCUGCCGAGUGACGAUGCUGGAUGGGAAGGACUUUGUAGCGCUGCUGAGGCAGUAACCGAGAAGGAACGCAGCAGCGUCCAACUGCUUCUUGUCAUCUCUCUCCCUCUCUCUGAACACAUUUUUUUUUUGGCUCGGACUGCAUUGCAUUUACAGCAGCUUGUUUCACCCCCCCUUCAAAAAAGAAAAUCCUUUUAACAAUCUCGACUUUUUUUUGCCUCUUAUAAUCCUCUUGGCGAUUUGAGACGCGAAGCAAACCGAGCACUUGUACACACUUUGGAUACAGACAGGCAGAUCUAUUUUUCAGGGGUUUUUGGAACAGAUUUAUCUUGUUGGAUUUCCCCCCCUUUUUUUUGGUCGCUUGGAGUUUUGCCUGCACCAGGUUGCCGUUUGUGGAAGUGUUUUUUUUCUUGUGUGUGCUUGCGUUGGAGGCUCGGCUCGGACUCGCUAUGCGGCUGUGUGUGGUGUUCUCUCCGGCCAGAAUGGGAUCUGGCCCCGGCUCUCAACUGACGGGCUUUUACCCCGGCAGGUGGCUCAUAUUACUCGCGCUCAGGUUACUUUUCCUUGUGCCUGCAGGGGAGCCGGUCGGGCGCAGUGACAGCAACAUCCCCAAAGCAAUGGACAACGUGACGGUGAGGCAAGGCGAGAACGCCGUUCUCAGGUGCUUAAUUGACAUUGGUGUGACACGUGUGGCAUGGCUGAAUCGCUCUAGCAUACUCUACGCAGGAAAGGACAAGUGGUCACUAGACCCUCGAGUGGUUUUAGUGACAAACAGCAAAACAGAAUACAGCAUUCAGAUAAUGUCCGUGGAUGUGUACGAUGAAGGCCCUUACACUUGCUCAGUUCAAACCCGGAACCAUCCCAGGACAACUCGGGUGCAUAUAAUUGUACAAGUUCCACCAAAAAUUGUCAACAUUUCCAGCAGUGUCUCUGUGAAUGAGGGCAGCAAUGUGACACUUCUGUGCCUCGCUAUUGGACGACCAGAGCCCACCGUGACAUGGCGCCACGUUUCUCCAACAGCUCGAGGUUUUGCCAGUGAUGAAGAAUAUUUGGAAAUCACAGGAAUUGCAAGGGAAGAUGCUGGUGAAUAUGAGUGCAGCGCCUAUAACGAUGUGUCAUCUGCUGAUGUGCGCAAAGUACAAGUAACAGUAAACUAUCCACCAUUGAUCCUUGAAACAAUGAAUGUUGGCGCAGCAGUAGGGCAUAAGGGAAUCCUCCAGUGUAAAGCGUAUGCUGUUCCAUCGGCAGACUUUGAAUGGUACAAAGAAGACCGAAGGCUUUUAAAUGGACUCAAUGGUAUAGAAAUUAAGAAAAAUGGAAAUAUAUCUGUGCUUACUUUCUUUAAUGUUUCGGAAGAGGACUAUGGAAACUACACCUGUGUUGCAAUGAACAAACUUGGCGCUUCAAAUACAAGCAUUCUUCUCUUUGAAGUAAGUGAGCCUACGAGCUCGACCCAGAUUCAAGGUCCUGGAGCAGUGCUUGAUGGGAAUAACCGUGCACCUGCAGGAAUGACUCCAUCACUAUGGCUACUGGUGAUACUCUUCGUCCACUUCCUCUUCAAAUUUUGACGUGGCAUGCCACCAUUAAACAGCGCACUGCCUCUAACCAGAACAGAACAAAUAAACUUUGCCCUGCACAGGUUGUGCACAGGCUAUAAAACAUCGCGUAUAGGUUCUGUGCUGACAAGUAUUUGUUUUUUGUGAGUCCAUACUGAUAUUUUCCCUCUGUUGGCUGCAGGGCGCUGGUGCAUAUUUGCUGUCAGAACUGUUAGUUCGGUUACUGUUGAUUUUCCAAUUUUUAAUCCUCCAUGUUUAGCUGAUGUAGUGUUUACAUAUGUUAUGCUUUUAAUGAUGUUUAUUUAUGCAGGUACCUUUCCCUCACGUAUGUAAAGCUGUCUGUGGUUUUACUGGGUGGAUAAUAUAAAUUACCUGUAUACUAUUUGUAGACUACCAGUAAAUAAUGUAAUAUGCCUGUAGACCAUUGGCUAAUUAACAGGUGGACCGUAGCCCAUUGGCUAGCUGAGCAAACAUUUAGCAAAUAAGCUGCACACUUAUAAUAAAAGGGGCAGUUUUACAUUAAAGUUUAAGGAUCUUUAUCUUAGAACAAUUCUAUUUCAGAAAUAUAUCUCACUAACGUUUAGGCCCAUGUUGACUAUCACCAUAAUAUAUUAAUUGUGGAAACUAAUACAAUUGUAUCUGUCAUGUACGUUCAAGUAAAUAUAUAAUUCCUCACUUUCCAUUUGAUUGUGUAUUAUGUGUGCACAUAACUAUAUUUCUGCACUGAGUCCAAUAUACUUACAAAACCUGGUGAAGGCUUUUCCUGUGCUGUAUUGUAACUUGGCCAGAAUUGUUAACCAGUCACGAGAAUGAUGCCAUUUGAAAUUCAUCCAGAGAAGGCCUUUCCAGCAUUCUGUACUAUUGGUGUUUCCAAGUUUCUGUGUUACUAGUUUAUGAAAAGGGAAGCCAUGUGAUUGCUUAAAGCUGCAGUAUCCCUUUUAUUUUGUUGGCAUGAUGCAUUUCAAUGAGAAAUUAAAUGUAAACAAUGGU